UAUGGAGAUGUGUAAUAGAACUGGCGUCAGGAAGUAUAAGAAAUCGGCUUUUCCGCGUCUCCGGUGGACGCCGGAGCUUCAUGAGCACUUCAUUGAAGCUGUAGAACACCUUGGUGGAAAGCACAAAGCAACGCCAAAGGGAAUCGUGCAAAUGAUGGGUGUAAGCGGACUUCAGGUGUCUCAUGUCAAAAGUCAUCUGCAGAUGUAUAGAAAUAUGAAGAAGAGGGCCACUAUUAACCUGGUGGUACCUAUGAAGCUGCAUGAGGAGGAGACCCCAGAUGCUGUAGUUUGGUCCCUUACCAGGAAAGUUGGCAAAGACCAAGAAGGACCACCAAAAGAAAGGAAGGAACCCGAAAGCUCGAUCACUUGCAAAAGCAGAGGGAAAAACGAAACUAUUAAUCAAGGGGAUCCUUUACUCAAUUUCCAGGUCAUACAAGGUGAUACAAGUUGUUUCUAUGCGUCAAAAGAAAGUGAGAAUGGAAUUUUUGACUUUUUACAAUCCAUUGCUGAAUGCGGAAAAAAGGGGAACUUGUGGUCCUAA